AUGGAAGUUGUUCUGUCUGCGGCUGCAGGUGACCUUGUUAGCAGAUUCUUCUCCUUUUUGAUCGGGAGGUAUUCAGAAGUGUCAUGCUCGAAGGAGAAGCAUGCCGAGAGGUUGCAGCAACUCCUGCUAAGAGCUCAGACGGUUGUCGAGGAGGCGGAUGGCCGGUACAUCACCAACUCUGGUAUGCUUCUGCAACUGAAGAUGCUAGCUAGGGCUAUGUACCAUGGUUAUCAUGCACUAGACACCUUCAAGUGCAACCAACUAGUCAGAGAGGGCACUACUAAGGAAGUGAUGAGUUCUGGCUCAUUUGCCUCAUAUCUUGCCACUCCCUUGAAGCGCUUCCGUGCAAAUGCUGGUGCAUCGAAUCACCAAGUUGAUAACAACUGUGACCUACAAGAUGCCUUGUUAAAUUUAGAGACCGUUAUUUCUAAUAUCACAGAGUUUGUCAUACUUUUGGGUGGGUGUGAACCCAUGUUUCGCAGACCCUAUGACACAUAUCUUUAUGUCGACAACUGUAUGUUCAGUCGUUGGACCGAGAAGCAACAAGUUAUCAACUUCUUGUUGCAGCGCAACCCUUGUGCUUCUCCAUCUGUACUUCCAAUCAUCGGUGGCUAUCUAGUCGGGAAGAAAACUCUGGUAGCACAUGUAUGCAAUGAUGAAAAGGUCCGUAGUUACUUCUCUUCAAUUUUGCACUUCAAUGGAGACAACUUCCAUAUGGUAGAAACAGAAAGGUGCACUGGGAGGGCAUUGGUCGUUGUUAAAUUUGUUUCAGAGGUCAAUGAUGAGGACUGGAAAUCAUUUUACCGGGCAGUGACAUCCAUAAGCACAGAAAGUAAGGUUAUAAUCAUUAGUAGGAUGGAAAGUUUGACUAGAUAUGGUACUGUGAAGCCAAUUCACCUAAGUAGAUUACCAGAUGAGGAGUACAGCUACCUCUUUAAGGCACUAGCAUUUGGAAGUGCCCACACCGAGGACCACCCAAAGCUGACACUGUUAGCAGGAGAGUUCAUCAAAUUGUUGGACGGGUCAUUUGUGGCAGCAUAUUCACUUACCAAUGGGUUGAGGACAAAUCUAAGCCUUCAGUUCUGGCUCUCCAUGUUGAAGAGAUACAAGAAUGUGACAAAGAUCAACUUGUCAAUGUUUGGUGAGCAUCCAUCAGACCGUUUCAAAAAACGAUGUGCAGUAGACUUCACCAACUUUCUUCCCUCUCCCGCUGCUCCACUACACCUUAUGCCUCCUCGAACUGAAGCCAGGAAACUACCUAAGAUAAGGAUUGGAGAGAUCAUUGAGAAUCCCUCCCUUCGUCCUAAGGGUGACUUUGUAUUAGUGACAUGGGAAUCACAGAUACCUCCUUAUACAGAGUUCAGUUACCAUGUCCCGUAUUGUGCUCAACAGCAGCCUAAAACAACCUUGCGGAGGAAGCGUGAAGCUAUUAUUUCUCUCUAG